AUGGUUCGUGAUUGGGCAAUUACUUACAGAAAUUUACAGUUCUCGGGACUUUCAGCACUCUCAUACAUCUUUGACUUUACAUUCUAUUCAACAAUCCUAAUAAUUUCAGCAGUAUUAGGAAGAAUACUCCCCCCUAGGUAUCAUGAGUUUCUGUUGUUUGACAUCAAUUUACGCUACACAUUCUUACCACAAGCAACAGUGCCCGUUUGGUUAUUAAUCCUCAUUUCUGCAGGGAUCCCUUUACUUCAGUUUUUGCUAUUUGCCAUCUUUUUCCAAACACUAUCCAUCAAACGUCGGUUAUGGGAUUUUUUUGCUGGUUGUUUAUGUCUUCUUGGUGCACAAGCAACUCAAGUAUGGGCAGUAGCUUUAUUGAAGAAUAUUACCGGGCUUCCUCGACCGGAUAUGAUUGAGCGAUGUGAGCCCAUGAUUCAAAAUAUUGCCAUUACACAAUUAUCCAAUGUCGCCAUAUGCACUCAACCUAAUUGGAAUGCAGUUAUGGAAGGCUUUCGAUCAUUCCCCAGCGGACAUGCAUCAACGGUAUUUUGCGGCAUGAUUAUCACUUCACUAAACCUUGCAGCAAAGUUGCAAACUUUUGAUAGGAGAAAUAAUUCAUUCAAGGUGUUUUUAACUAUAUCGCCAUUAUUGGGUGCUGCAUUCGUGGCGGGAACUCGAGUCAGCGAUAAUCGGCAUUUCUUGCGUGAUGUUAUUGCGGGAUCAAUAUUGGGUGCAUUUGUAGGCGCAUCGUUUUAUCAUCAGUACCAUCCAAGUGUUUUUCAAUUGGCUAGUAGAGGGGGAGCAUUCCCACCAAGGAGGUUUGGUGUUUCGAGAUUUUUCAGAAAUGUGGGAGGGUUCUGGCGAAUGGAUGAUGGUGGGUCCUUUGAGGAGGGAGAUAUUACACGCACAAUUGAGAAUGAGGAUGUUGAAAGACGAAUUCAGGAAAGCGGACAGGGUGAAAACGUUAAAGUGAAGACACUAGCGGAUAAUAUCAAGUUUGUAAAUAUGCUUUAA